AUGAUCGAGUGGCUUCACAUUGAUGUCACCUACAUCUGCACAUUUAUGGAGUCCAUGCCGAAGAGAAUUGCUACUGUUCAAUCAACAACAUCAAAGCCGAUAGAACAAGCACCUGAAGAAGAUGAAAUAGAAGGCGAAGACAUGCUUGAAGAAAAUGAGGAGCACAAAGCUCCUACGACAACAACUGAACCGUCUACAAAGAAACUUCGAAAUAAUAGUGGCGUUAGACCCUUCAGAUCUAACGAGGAUCUUUUGGCUGCCUUAAAGAGGAGAAGAGCCCAGACCGGAUCUAGUAGUCAUCCACGAGAAACUAGUACGAUACAUUCUGCGGUAGAACACACUACAGCCAAGUCAAAAGCUGUCACAAACAGUCGUAGCAAAGCCAGCACAAGUGGCGAGACAAAAACGUCAGGUCGUGCUAGAUUCGGUGGAAGAGGAAGUAAAACUGUUCAAGAGGAAGUCGAGGAGACCCAGCGGGAGGAAAUCCAAGUGAAACCCAAAGCCAGCUCCUAUCGCAGGAGUGGUUAAAUUAAAUGGAUUAUCAAUCUGUCUAAAUUUAUUGAUUUCUUAGAAUACGAAUUCUACGACGAUCUAUCAAAACGCUUAAAACUGUUACUUUUCACACUGUAAAAUGUAAAGAUUCUAUAAAACUCGAAUUCUUACAAUAAAUGCCGCGAAUCCCGAGCAAAAGCUCAAUUUCUGCACGAACUUUAAAUACAAUUAAUACUAAAUAAAGAUUGUAAUAAAAGACCGUGCACGAUUCUUAUGGAGAAACCGUGUUUGGUCAAAUUGUUUAAAUUUUUGAUAUGUUAUAGUUCGUGUGUCUUUUAUCAAAAAACUUAAUGAAUAAAAUCCUCAUAUGUAAAGUUUUUGAGUUAUAGAUAUUUGAACAUCUUUUUCACAAGAUCCGUGCUUUAUAUGCUAGUCUAGCUUGUUAUAUAUACUUGCCUGUGUAUGCAUAUUUUUGUGUGCAUGGAUAUCCAUAGAUGUUAAUGCGUGUAUGCUACUUUUAUUUAUUGAUGGAAGUUGGUGUACUUAUGGUCGGCUGCUUCACUUUAGCGCUACGACACCAAUAUUCUCAGCGCUUGGUCGCUAGCCGGCAGGUAUGUACGACAAACUCGAGUAGGCAAUCAUACAAAUGGAUCUUGUGAAAAAGACAUUCAAAUGCCUAUAACUCAAAAACUGUAUAUACAAAGGUUUUGCUCAGUGAGUCUUUUGUUCAGAGAUAUGAGAACUAUAACAUAUUAACAAUUUAGACAAUUUAACUGAACAAGGUUUUUCCAUAAAAACCGUUCUUUUUAACUCAAAUCAUAUAAAGACAUCUCAUCUUUCUCGAAAAACGGCAGUUUUGUUCACAUCUCGCCAUAUGGCAUUAAAAGCAUAAGCGAUUAAAGCAUUCAAUUGAAAAGAGAAUGCUUAUUGUUUAUUAUGUAAAGCAUGUUAAUCGGAGAAGAAAUCAUUGAUAACACUACAUAUACAGGGUGAGUCAUUUUAAGUGACGCAUUUUUUUCGUAAACUAAGACUUGUAUCAAAAAAUGUUUUGUACAAAAGUUUUAUAACUUCAAGGGGGACAUAAGAUGGUGCCAUUGGUUUAACCUAGAGUGUACACGCCAAGGUUAUAUGGAGUCAACUUUGUUUUUUA